AUGGAUCUCAUCUCAUCUCUACUCGUGGGCUUAGCUCAGAUGUUGUGUGAAUCUAUGAAUAUGGCAGAGAGAAGAGGACAAAAGACUGACCUUAAGCAAGCCAUCAGUGAUCUCGAAGCAGCCACCGCCGAAUUGAAGGCCAUACGGGAUGAUCUGAACUUACGGAUCCAACAAGACAAUCUAGAGGGACGAAGCUGCACAAACCGUGCUAGAGAGUGGCUCACUGCAGUGCAAUCAGCAGAGAUCAAAACAGACUCGAUUCUAGCGAGGUUUAAGCACCGUGAACAGAGGACGAGAAUGCGGAGGAGAUGCCUUGGUUGCUUUGGUUAUGCCGACCACAAACAGUGCAAGAAGGUUUUGGCGACAUUGAAAAGCAUCAGUGACCUUAGAGAACGCUCUGAAGAUAUGAAAACAGAUGGCGGGUCCAUUCAAGAGACUAGUAGGAAGAUACCGAUCAAGUCCGUGGUCGGGAUUACCAAGAUGAUGGAACGGGUUUGGGAAUUUCUCAGCGAAGAAGAAGAAAGAGGAAUCAUUGGUGUUUAUGGACCUGGCGGGGUUGGGAAGACAACGCUAAUGCGGAGCAUUAACAACGAGCUGAUCACAAGAGGUCAUCAGUAUGAUGUACUGAUAUGGGUUGCAAUGUCCAGAGAAUUCGGCGAGUGUACAAUUCAGCAAGCUAUUGGAGAGCGGUUGGGUUUAUCUUGGGACGAGAAGGAGACCGGGGAAAAUAGAGCUUUGAAGAUAUACAGAGCUUUGAAACAGAAACGGUUCUUGUUGUUGCUAGAUGAUGUCUGGGAAGAGAUAGACUUGGAGAAAACCGGAGUUCCUCGACCUGACAGGGAUAACAAAGGUAAGGUGAUGUUCACGACACGAUCUAUGGCAUUGUGCAGCAAUAUGGGUGCGGAAUGCAAGUUGAGAGUGGAGUUUCUCGGGAAGGAAUACGCGUGGAAGCUCUUCUGUGAUAAAGCUGGAAGAAAAGAUCUCUUGGAUUCGCCACUGAUUCGUCGGCUCGCUGAGACUAUAGUGAGCAAAUGUGGAGGAUUGCCACUUGCGUUGAUCACUUUAGGAGGAGCCAUGGCUCAUAGAGAGACCGAAGAAGAGUGGAUUCACGCGAGUGAAGUUCUGAACAGGUUUCCAGCAGAGAUGAAGGGUAUGGACUAUGUGUUUACCCUUUUAAAAUUGAGCUACGACAAUCUCGAGAGCGAUCUGCUUCGAACUUGUUUCUUGUACUGCGCUUUAUUCCCGGAAGAACAUUCUAUUGAGAUCGAACAGCUUGUGGAGUACUGGGUCGGAGAAGGGUUCAUCAACAGCUCCCAUGGCGUUAACACCAUUUACAAGGGAUAUUUCCUGAUUGGGGACUUGAAAGCUGCGUGUCUGUUGGAAACAGGGGAUGAGAAAACUCAGGUGAAGAUGCAUAACGUCGUUAGAAGCUUUGCACUGUGGAUGGCAUCUGAACAGGGGACUUAUAAAGAGGUGAUUCUAGUAGAGCCUAGCAUGGCACUUACUGAGGCCCCCAAAGCAGAAAAAUGGCGACAGGCGUUGGUCAUUUCAUUGUUGGAUAACAGAAUCCAGACCUUGCCUGAAAAACCCGUAUGCCCGAGUCUGACAACAUUGAUGCUCCAACAGAACAAGUCUUUGAAGAAGAUUCCAACAGGGUUUUUCACACUUAUGCCUGUUCUCAGGGUCCUUGACCUGUCCUUCACAAGUAUCACUGAAAUUCCAUUGUCUAUUAAGUAUUUGGUUGAGUUAUAUCAUUUGGCUAUGUCAGGAACAAAGAUAAGUGUAUUGCCCCUUGAGCUUGGGAAUCUUAGAAAACUGAAGCAUCUGGACUUACAAAGAACCCAGUUUCUCCAGACAAUCCCACGAGAUGCCAUAUGUUGGUUGAGCAAACUCGAGGUUCUGAACCUGUACUACAGUUAUGCUGGUUGGGAACUGCAGAGUUUUGAAGAAGAUGACGUAGAAGAACUCGGGUUUGCCGACUUGGAACACUUGGAAAACCUCACCACACUCGGUAUCACUGUUCUCUCACUGGAGACCCUGAAAACACUCUACAAGUUUGGCGCCUUGCAUAAACGUAUACAACAUCUGCACAUUGAAGAGUGUGUUGGUCUCCUCUACUUCGAUCUCCUGUCACUCACUAACCAUGGUAGGAACUUGAGAAGACUUAGCAUUAAAAAUUGCCAUGACUUGGAAUACCUGGUCACACCCACAGAUGAUGAAAAUGACUGGCUUCCAAGUCUAGAGGUUCUGACGUUACAUAGCCUCCAUAAAUUAAGCCGAGUGUGGGGGAAUUCUGUAAGCCAAGAGUGUUUGUGGAAUAUCCGUUUCAUUAACAUUUCACACUGCCACAAGUUGAAGAACGUCUCAUGGGUUCCCCAACUCCCAAAGCUAGAGGUGAUUGACCUGUUUGACUGCAGAGAGCUAGAGGAACUGAUAAAUGAACACGAGAGUCCAUCCGUUGAAGAUUCAGCAUUGUUCCCAAGCCUGAAGACUUUGGUAAUUAGGGAUCUCCCAGAACUAAGCAGCAUCCUUCCAUCUCAGUUUUAUUUCCAAAAACUAGAAACUUUAGUCAUCACCAAUUGCCCCAAAGUGAAGAAACUGCCAUUUCAGGAAACGGUUCAGAUGAACUUGCCAACAGUUUACUGUGACGAGAAAUGGUGGGAUGCACUGGAAAAGGAUCAACCAAACAAAGAGCGUUGUUGUUUACCACGCUUCGUUGCAAGUUGA